GCUAUUGGAUCUCUCUCUCUCUCUCUCUCUCUCUCUCUAUCUAUUCUUUCUCUCCACAAGCUUCCAAGAAAGAGGAAUUAUAUGGAAAGUGAGAGAUCGUGAAGACCACAGCCGGAGGAGUCACCUGUCGACAUACUCUCUCUUGCUGCGACCUCCUCCAUGCGCGUUUCGUCCUCGCCCGCCUCGAUCGCUACCCGUUCUUAUCCGGCUUCUGCUUCGUCUUGAGCUGGUCGAUCGAUCGACCGGAGGGGAAUCGGGGUCGGGACCAUGGUGUGACGCGAUGGUCCCUGCUAGGAACCUCCUCCGGCGGCACUGUGACUCCUACGGGGCUUGCUUCUCCGGUGGGGACCCUCGGUUCCAUGAUUUGGACGGCUUGUCUUCGUUGAAGCUGAACAAGUUGAUGGCUGACGAGCCCUCUCCGGCUCCGGAAGACGAGCAAUUCGGGCGCGACGACGGCGGCUCCGGAGACUGGCUCCAAUUAGGUUUGGGGACUCCUCCUCCCUUGGUUCCCACGGACGCGGCGCCGGGAAGGACGGCAACGACACAGCUCGAGUUGUUCUCCGCUCGGCCGUCCUCUUCGGCGUCGCCCGGGCCCGGUACGUGCCCUGUUGCUUGGCCGGGGGUCAGCGGCUUCCGUGCUCCGAUGAUGGGGAUGGCGAUGACGAUGGUGCCGUGGAUGAGUCACAGGCGGGAGAUGCCAUGGGGGCGUUGCAAUCCUAAUCUCGCCAUGGGCGGUAGCUCAGCGACGACGACGCUGCCACCGGUGAUGCCGGAGUUCGUCGCACGACAGUUCGUGUACCCCAUACCAGGCUCAGCGACGCCGUCAGGCCCAGAGGUUCUGCCGGAGAUGAGGGUUGUCACCCCGCCGAGACGACCGCAAUCGGGUGUGUGGAUCAUGCUUCAGGCCGCGAGAGAUCAAGGGAGGGAGCCUUUUCUGCCUCAGAUACCCAGGAGCUACUUGAGGAUUAAGGACGGGAGGAUGACAGUGGGGUUGCUGAUGAAGUACUUGGUGAACAAGCUGGGUUUAGAGAAUGCACACGAGGUGGAGAUCACGUGCAGAGAACAGCUGCUGCUACCCUUCUUGACGCUGCUGCACGUCCGGGACAACAUAUGGCGGUCGAGGGAGGAGACGACGACGACGACGACGCUGCUCCGAGAUUCGGGCAGCGGCACGGAUCACGUCAUGAUGUUGCAGUACGGCAGGAGUGCGUACACGGAGGCUCGAUCGCGCGCGUGAAUCGUUCCCCCUCCCUCCCCCUCCCCCCCUCCGCGCUGCAAGUUUUGUUCACCGUCUUCUGGUCGUCAUCACGUUUGUUUCUCGUCAUCUUGAUUCGUUGAGAAAACAGCUUGGGGGUAAUGAGAUCUUUGAGGAGGACAACAUCAAACUGUUGUGCUUCCAAUCUACAUGUUAGAUUGAUAUAUUUUUUCUUGGUUU